UACAUUGUGUAAAAACUGAGACUAUCAUACUAUCUAAAUCUAUCCUAUUGACACGCCAUCUUUACAAAAUGCUUCCAUACGUUUAAUGAAGUACAAUUUAUGAAUGGAACAUAGGUUACGUUUUCAUAGAGAGCGUUUGAUAAUUUAGUAUUGUCUCAGUGGGCGUUACAUCGACCAGAGCUGUCAGGGCUCCCAUUGGCGCAAGAAUACGUCAAUCUCGGGUGGCUCAUGGUAGGUUGCAAAGCAGGUGAAGUCUUGACUGUGGCUCACAGGGCAACAAGCAGCAGCGUACUCCUCCCGAUGGAUAUCAAUGGUGGAAUAGGCUACUUAUCCAUUCAGGGACAGGUCUGAGAGAGACCAUUAUUGGAGCUUACAUGGAGAGCUGAAACCGAAUAUGACGUUAACGUCCUUAAUGAUGUACAUAUCGUCGGUUAGACUAUUUACUUUAUGUGUAUAUAUCGGAUUUUCUACUGCUGCACCUCGCAUCAGUCAACACGAUGCGUCGCCUAUCUCCAGGAUCCCCGGCUCAGCCUCCGACACCUGGGAGACCUUCCACACCGACAUGCCUCGUACCUUACCCGAGAGGUUUGCUCCUGGGCCUCAAAGCGGAAUCACACCGUCACCUGCCAUUGUUCCUACCGGCCCGACCACCACUGCUAACCCUGUCACUAAAAUUACGAGCAUCUUCCAGCUUCCUACAACGAACCCGACCACCACCACCAGUACCGGCGCUACUUCCAUCCUUGAUACUGGAAUAAUUUCAGAUACUAAAGAGCAAAUCAUAGCGCCAAUAUCCAGAGUAAUCGGCGCGCGCAAACGAUCCAUCGAUGCACAAACAUCACUUUUUUCGCCGGCGAAAAUGCUGCAGACCAUGGUGUCCAUGGUCUCCCAGCGCACGGCAAACGAUGCCUGGGCUGCAGAUAAUAUUGGCACAUCUAUUACCUCAGUAGAGAACAGUCAAGAGGGAAUUUGUAACUGCAGCAGCGGUGCUGAAGGGAUUUUGGAUCCAGAUGAUUGUGAACAGGGCACAGGUCAGUGUUUGUGUCUGGCGGGCUACAGCGGUCUGCAGUGUGAGGACUGCGAAGAGGGAUACUUCACCAAUGGCACCAGUGGCUGCUUGCCCUGCACCUGCGACUCCUUCGGCGCAGUGAACCACCUUUGUGACAGCUCAGGGAUAUGUGUGUGCAAGACAGGAGUGUAUGGACCCAAGUGUGAUGAGUGCCACCCAGGUUUCUUCCACUUUAGCAGCACUGGCUGCCGGCCCUGCGCACAGUCUGGAGUGUGUCUGAACUGUGAGGACAACACCCAGGGUUCCAACUGUGAAGAGUGUAAGCCCGGGUUCUAUCGCAGCCCCAGAGCUGCCCUGACUGGAGCCUGUGCACCGUGUCCCUGCUCCACCUCCACCUCCACCGGCACCUGUCGCACCGAUCCCAGUGGCUCCGCAGUGUGUGACCAGUGCCUUCACCUGUACAGCGGCCCUCAGUGUGACAAGUGCAGUGCCGGCUUCUACAAAACCUCUGGGACUUGUGUUCCAUGUGACUGCAGUGGGAAUGCAGACCCUCAGCGGCCCGCCCAGCUCUGUCAUCCCGACACCGGCCACUGCUUCCACUGCAUCAACAACACCGCUGGCCCCCAGUGCCAGCUCUGUGCACCUGGAUUCAUAGGGGAUGGCCGGGCACAUAACUGCACUCGCUCAUCACGGCGGCUCAUUCCCACACCAGCAGAUACAACUACACCAGAGGCCCUCGUGUCGAAUACAUCAUCCCCCUCCACGUCUACCACCAGCACUACUUUGAACUCUGCCAUAGCAAGACGCAUCCCGGCGUCCACAUCCAGCAGCAACACAAGCACUUCCCUGAGCGCCGCUGCCACCACCCAGGCCCUGCUGACCAGCCUGAGCAGCCCCACCGACAACACCACAGCAGCCCUGACAGAAGUCUCCUGGACACAGUUCAACAUCAUCAUCCUGGCCGUCAUCAUUCUGGUGGUGCUGCUGCUGCUGGGCUUUGUCGGAGGUGUGUACACCUAUCGGGAGUACCAGAAUCGCAAGCUCAACGCCCCUUUCUGGACCAUUGAACUGAAAGAGGACAACAUCAGCUUCAGCAGCUACCACGACAGCAUCCCCAACGCUGACGUGUCUGGCCUGCUGGAGGACGAGGCCACCGAGGUGGCACCCAAUGGCCAGCUGGCACUGACCACGCAGGGCAACUGCUACAAGGCUUAGCACUCCAUCCAUCCCCAAACUGGACACCUAGAUUACAGAUGACACAAAGCUGCUGGAAAGUAUCCAAAGCUCCUUCAUGUAUGACUGCUUGUUGUUCCCCUGCUUGUGUGCAGCACUUCACAGCACUUGGCAAUCUGACAAUGAGAUCAAGCAGACGUGAUCAAAGAUAUGGAAAAGACACGCAGACUUUCCACUGGAAACCUUUUCCAUUUUUAUAUGAUUUGGUGUGGAAGGGACGAUCAGUGAAAAAGGUCCAAAGAAACAAGUGUUUUGUCUGUGUAGAUUAGUUAGAUAAUUGGCAUAGUGUGAGAAAGGUGCAAAACUUUCACUUUUUCUGAAACAGUGAUCCUGACACUGGCGAGAGUCUGGCUUACAGGAGCCUAGCAUUUCAGAUAUUUUUAAGAUGAACUUUUGACUGUCUAAGUUAUAACCAGAUCACCUGGACAGUGAUCUUACACUGAGACGAUUGUUAUUUAAUGAUUUUUUUAUUCAGUUCUUAUUUAUUGGUUGACGUUUCAUUCUAGUGAGAAAUGCUGCACGUGUGUAAUGCAUUUACUCAUGGUGUAUUAUCUCACCUUACCGGUACCAUGUUGAAUGGUAAUUUGAACUGGCCAUUAUGUUUUCGUGUAUCGUGUUUCUGUUUUGGAGAGAGUCAUGGGAAGGUGAAAGCUGCUGACGCAAGUGUUUUUAUGACCUCUUUUUUUUUUUUAAAGCUUCCUGUCUUUUGUUCAAACGUCCCAGCUCACCUGAAGUAUCUUAGAGGAGUGUUUCUUUUAAAGAAACUACAAGUACCACAUAUAAAAUCUUAUUUGGCACUACUACAAGGCACUUACUCAUACUAGGCUUGCAUAAUCUUCUCGUAAUCUAAUCUUUGUUGCCUACCUCAACAAAAGCUGAAUCAACCACUCAUAGAUGUUUCACAUGUAUGUAUUGUCUGGAGAGGUUGGGCUCUGUGACUCACUCUCUGAUGACACGACCAUUUGAUUUCUAAAAUAUAAACAGUACUCUAGUAUUGAUACGGUUGUUAUUAAGUGAAACCAGCCUGCACAUGGUUAGCUAAAUUCCUCAGCCUAUGGGUCAUUGCUAUUGCCUACAGACAGGUUGCAUCACGUAGCACAGCGAGUUGCUGUCAAACUGAUGCAAUUCAAAGCUUCACACUUGCUCGUGGACACGGAUCCCAUGUCUUUCUGUGUUGUUUAGGCUACCAUUGGUUGGGUGUGCUUCUUUUUAUCAUGGUGAAUGAGUAAACUUAAAUAUGG